AUGCCACGCAAUAACAAGAAAAUCAAAGGAGCCCCUGCUCCAGCCCGCUCCCGCGGUCCUGGCAAACCUUCCGGCCAGCCUUCUAACCCUCCCAAGGGACAGAAUGGAAAUGGCCAGAGUCAGAGUCAGGGUCAGGCAAAGGAGACUACAGUCAAGAAGGGUUCUGUGCAGGCAAACCAGAGACCUAUUGUUCCAUUUUUGAGGAAGGAUCGGGUUCUCCUUGUUGGCGAAGGGGACUUUUCAUUCGCCCGCUCUCUGGCAACCCAAUACAAAUGCCGCAAUCUAUGCGCAACAUGCUACGAUUCCAAAGACACACUAGAAGGCAAAUACCCACAAGCGCAGGAGAAUAUCCAAGCAAUCCUAGAAUUCAGCAAAAAGCCAAAGAAAGAGACAGAAACAGAAAACGGCAUAGAAGAGAGCAAAGACUCAACCACCCAAAAAGCCCCCAAAGUACUCUUCUCCGUGGACGCCCGCAAACUCGGCAGUCCAGGCGGCGGCGCCAAAGAAAUCCGCACAGGUUUCCACCGCCACGAGCGCAAAAGACCAGGCUGGUUCCAGCCCAAAACCCCAGAUCCGCCUUACCAGUCUGGUGGACCGUGGGAUGUGAUUUGUUUCAAUUUCCCACAUGUGGGCGGACUCUCGACGGAUGUUAAUCGGCAGGUGCGGGCGAAUCAGGAGUUGCUGGUUGCUUUCUUUAAGGCUUGUGUGCCUCUUGUUUCCAAGGCGCCUCCGCUUAUGGAUGCCGAUGAGGAUGAAUGGGAAAUCUCUGAGUCUGAGGAUGAUGACGAAGAUGACGAUGAGGAGGGAGAAGGUGGAGAUGAGACGACUGGGAAGGGGAUUCGGACUGGGGCUGGUCAGAUUCUCGUUACUUUGUUCGAGGCGGAACCUUAUACGCUUUGGAAUAUCAAGGAUCUGGCUAGACAUGCUGGGUUGAUUGUUGUUACCAGUUUCCGGUUCCCGUGGGCUUCUUAUGAGGGAUAUUCACAUGCACGCACAAUUGGAGAGAUUGAAGGGAAGAAUGGAGAGAGAGGUGGGUGGAGGGGGGAGGAUCGGGAUGCGAGGAUGUAUGUCUUUGAGGUGAAGGAGAAGCCUAAGUGGAAGCAGAAGGGCAAGUUCAACAAGAAGACGCAAAAAAGGGAAAGGGAUGAUUCGUCUAGUGAUAGCGACUGA